CUUAAAAAUACGUAGGAUCAAGAGAAUUCGAAAAGGACGUCACUUUUGCAUUUCUAUAGGUUGUACUUCAUUUUCAUUACAUAUCCGUUGUCGACUGUUGUGUAUUCACGAUGAAAUCAACUAAGAUUCGAGCAGCCUUAUUGGUGAGUGCUGCCUCCGUAGUGUGCGCGCAGGAGCCAAUUUCGGCAUACUUGUCACACAAAGGCAAGACUUUCAAUGUGGACGGAUUCGACGCCAAUGGUAACACAUACACUGGUCUAACGAAGGCACAGUUGAUUUCUGGCGAUACUGGCCUUGAUAGUGAUGAUGCAUUGGUUGCAGCCGAGGGUCGCAAAAUUGCAGCUAUCAAAGGAGAUUCUUCUCCCACCGAUAUUGUAGCUCCCACCGAAUCUGGGGACUGGGAGAACUAUUGGCCCAGUUUUAAUGGCAAGAAGCCUCUACACAAGAAUGAGGGCAUUAAGAGAGCUGGAAACGGCAAGAUCAUCGACAAGGCAUGGUAUCACCUGUCUAAUAGACCAGCGCCCAUUGUCACGGAGACUCAGACUCAGUUCGAGUUCACGCAAGUCUAUGUCACGUCCAGUGUAGAACCUACUGAUAGCUAUUGGUGCGACGGUGGAUGGAUUCAGAUAACUAAGGCUGGGGAUCUCAUGGAUGAUGACUGGGCUGUUGCCUACAUAACCGGCUAUCUUUCUCUCAUUUCAGCAAAUGUCGAUGACGUCGACACCUAUGACUGGUGCGUGAAUACCAAUGAUAGGAAAAACGCAGGAGCGUGUGCGCGACAGCACGCUAAAAGCCAUUCCGAGGCAGAUCUUGAUGCGGCAUUUGCGGUGGCCAGUGAUGAUCACACCUCAACGAUCAUCUUGCACGUGUGCAGUUUGCCUUGUUUGGACGCAAUCUGUAUCGCCACUCAGGAGAACUACGCCUUUUUGCAGCCACUGCGCUUGCACGAGAUCUCGUUCACCAAAUCGUCAUCAGGAGAUCGUAAUAUAUCAACUCCUUGCUUGGAUGGCGAGGGUAUUUACUCACCAGCAGGUAGCAGCGGCAGAAAAUCCUUUAGAUUCUGCCCAAAAGGACAGGCGUGCGAUACCAUUAACCCUGGAACUGGCACGUGUCAAUGUGAAGCCUGUUCCCCUGACCUCACCAAUUGCCUGGAGUCCACGUGCGUACCGUCCCAGACGGCUAACGCUACUGCUACAGGGCCUGUAUGGGAACCUACUUCCAGAUGCGCCGCUGGUGCCUGUGAGAAAGGGUUUUACCAGGAUAAGUCCAAUGGCCAGUGUACAUCGUGCCCCUCUGUGAGUGGCUGUACACAGGCGGUGUGCACAAGCCCGUUUGAUGCACAGUGUGCCUACGGUGGUUGCCUCGAUGGUUGUUUCAAUUCUGCCCCCCCAGGCGGAAGCGGGAUGUGCAACUGUGAUAGCCUGACUUGCAGCGGACAAACAGCAAUUCCUACUGAUGAUAUUGAAUCCAACUGUGGAACAUUCUGCGUUGACAGUCAAGGUCUCCUUAUCCGCGAGGUCAUGGGAGGCGAAGACGUGACACAGUGCACAAGCAUACAAGCCAUCAAUAAAGGUAUUAGAUUUCUUGCUCCCGGGAUCUUCGACGACUUGACCGACCUAACAAACUUAGUGUUGUUCAAUAAUGAAUUGGCAUCCUCGGCGAUUUCACCCACUCUGGUCGCGAAGAACGUCAAACUGAUCGAUCUGGAUAUAGGUCAAAACCGGAUAACUACUCUGCCCAUUGGCUUGUUGGAUACUUUGGCGGACCUGAAGAAUUUAUGGCUCAAUAAGAACCGCGUUCAAGCCAUCCCCGCGGGGUACUUUGACAACGUACCGUCACUCAAAAAACUGGACUUCUCCUGGGCUCUCCUUGCAGAACUUCCAGAAGGCUUGUUCGACAACAAUCUGGCGCUAGAAUUAGUGAACAUGAACCUCAACCCCCUCGCGUGCGUUGCACAGCUGUCUCUGCCCGCUAGGUACAUUGGCACGGCCAUGUCCUUCUCAGCUGGUGUGAAGGUCGCUUCCUUACCCGUAUGCACUGGAGGAUGUGUAGAAGGGCACUACGCGGACUCAACUGGAGUCUGUGUCGCUUGCACCCUUGUUCCUGGGUGCAUCCAAGGCGUUUGCACAAACGCGUUUGAUUCUGUAUGUGGGACUGACAGCUGCUUUGAUGGAUGUUCAAGCCAAAACGAUGGAUCGUGCGACUGUAGUGAAUUGAGCUGUGCGGAUCUGGACCCCGUAUUGAACUCAUCGUGCGGAGUUUUCUGCAUAAGUGAACAGCGUGUUCUUAUCCGGGAGGCCGGGGCCUAUUCGGAUCCCUUGACCUGCGAUCUCUUAAUUUUAGGAGCCAGAGCAAUCGAGCAUUUCAGCCCCGGAGUCUUCGACGAUUUGACGCAGCUUAUUCAUCUGGACCUGAGUUACAACUUGUUGAGCCAGUUGCCUGCGGAUGUCUUCGCCAAGAACACCAACCUAGCCAGACUCUUCCUGUCCAACAACGGACUGGUUACCCUUCCCAGUGGCAUCUUCGACACCCUUGUAGAUCUGACAUGGUUGGAUCUCAGUGUAAAUGCUCUCGCUCCGCGAUUACCUUCCGGACUGCUCGCCAAGUUGACCAAACUAGAGAGUGUCAAGCUCGACUCAAAUAGGCUUACCGAAGUGUCCACUGACGAUUUCAAGAACAACAUUGAGCUGACCAAUCUGGAGCUUCAUCAAAACUCAAUUGAAAGUCUUCCUGAUGACCUGCUGCUGGCUAAUACUAAACUAAAUAAUCUGGAUCUCUACAAGAACUUAAUUGCAACGGUCCCAGCUGGUUUGAUCACCGGCCUGACGGAACUACAAACCUUGUGGUUGAAUUAUAAUCUUCUGACUGAAAUCCCCGUCGGAUUUUGUGACACCAACGGCGCUCUAACGGAAUUCCGAUUCAGCAAUAAUCUAGUGGAGGAGAUGCCAGUGAACCUAUUCGCCAACACCCCCAACUUAGUCGAAGUGUCUGCGGAUGCCAACCCCCUCACAUGCAUAGCGCUUGUCCCCGUUACUGCUACCUACACUGGGAACUGCCCCGUGGCCCCACAAACCUGUGCUGACCUACCUCUGUGCACAUAGAGACUUCUUACUAGAGUGUGCGAGGAAACUUGCAUUCAAAUGUUUCAAGGAGCGAAACUUAUUUUCGAAACGGAUAUGUAUCAGCAAAGAACGAGAGGUUGCUGUACACCCUGCGCCUACGAAUGAGAUAAACGUUUCUUUCGAAAGGCCUUAUUUACUACUCGGCUGGAGAUGGCGUUCAGUCCAGAUUCCACUGACAACGCACAUACUCGGAAGUAUAACACCCCAUUCAUGUCAAACUCUACAAACUUCAAAUCAAACUUAUUUGUACAAUAAAGGUUUCAAAAUCACAAUAAACAUACUUUGCAGCUAUGGGAGGCGGAAGCAUGCAGCAUUUAUUGUUACUGCUGCUGAUCAAGG